GUGGACUCCUGACUUCAACAAAUAAACAACCAACGAAAAUUUUCUACCCCAAUUCGGAAGCUGGGUGUAUGGAUGAUAUCAGCUUAACUGGUAAUGACUUGACCAAAAUUUCUGCAUUAAAAGACUUUCUGGAUGAGAAAUUCAGAAUAAAGGAUCUAGGGCUUCUUAACUAUUUUUUUGGGAAUACGGUCAAAUUGAACUAUGAUGUUAGAGAGCCUUUACCUAGGCCUGAUACGUAUAUGAGUCUUAUUGGGAAACUUAAUUUUCUUACACACACUCGUCCAGACCUUUGCUUUGUUGUUCAACAUCUUAGACAAUUCUUUCAAUCUCCUAAAGUCCCCCAUAUGACUGCAACUCUACAUGUUCUGCGAUACCUAAAAGGGACUUCUGAGGCUGGACUUUUCUUGAAUAACUCUGUUAAUUUUUCUUUAGUUGGUUAUUGUGACGGCGAUUGGGCUACCUGCCCAGAUUCAUGA